AUGCUGGAAGAAAAACGUACGCGCGACUCUCACAGAGCAUCUGUCAGUGUCCGGAGAAGCAUCCGAUCACGGCUUGCGAAUAAUGACAAAGGAGAUGGCAAACGGUUAGUCAGCACGCUUGAUACGUCCGGAGCAUCUCUUCGCAUGGCAUCGAAUGUGAUUGUUUCAAGGAAAGGUGAAGGCGCCAUGAAGGGAGAGAACCGAGAUCGCAAAAGUGUUGAAUGUUUCAGUGAACAUUUCCUUCAGGCCUCAGUACGCGAAAUCAUUAAUGAAAGGAUGGUUCGGUCAGGACCUCUUGAUAGAAACACUCAUCGCGAAGAGAACAUGCAAAAAAAGUCGCGAAAGCAGAGCAAGGGAGCCAACGAGAACAUGAAAAAGACGGACGCAUUGCGAGAACCAUGUGACGCGCCUGUGGCACAAGAUUUGUACAAACUUUGUGUAAGACCGCCAAAUACCACGCUACCUGAUGCCAGAGAGGACCGAUAG